UCUUAUCUAGCGUUCCCCAAGACUGUGUGUAGAGAGAGAGUGAGAGAGAGACAGAGGCAGAGGCAGGUAUAAAUAGGCCUGUACUCUACAGCAUGAGGUAUCUGCUGGAGACGGAGACAGAGAGAGAGAGAAGGAAGGAAGGAAAGGGAGAUCGUUCUCUGAAAAGGAAGAAAGCGAAAUCUAAUUGUGGGUAAAAUGCAAAGCCCGGCCCUCGUGUUCUGGGGGAGUCGACUUCUGCUGCUCUCCGCUGUGCUGUACCCCUGGGCUGCGGACGCGAGCGGAGAGUGCUACUUCAACAGCAAAGCGAGCUGUGAGCACAAGGGCCAGGUGUUUGGGAUCGGGGAGACCUGGCUGACCAAGGAGUGUUACCAGUGUAUCUGCCUGAACCCCUUUGGAGUUGGGUGCUGCGACGAUGGCCAGCAGCCCGUGGACUACCCCGACUGGUGUGAGGUCAUCCGCAAGCCGGACUCUUGCAGCGUUGCCGUGGUGAUGAGAGCGAACCACAAGAUCCCGUGCAUCGCCAACACGGCGCGCAGCCGGCUGAGAGGCAGCGAGAGGACGGUGUGGAAGGAGCCCAACGACCCGCUGUACUAACCGGCCGAAGAGACGCACACCGACCCCUGAGCCCCGGAAACUCACACACAUAUCUGAACCCCAAAACCACACACAGUAUACAUAGGUGCAUGGGUUUGUUUUUGUUUUCGCUCUCCAUAUUGGUAAAUCUCCCUUCUAUAGUCUAAUACUGGACACGGGAUCAUUUGUCCGCGGUGGAAAACGAGGAGGGCUGUAUUUAUUUCUAAUAAAUAAAUAAAUAAAUAAAUAAAUAAAUAAAUAAAUAAAUAAAAUAAAAACGUGUCUCUAGAGUUGAUUAUACAGCAAAACGUUUAGAAAGACAGAAUUUGGAUCAAACACCCGCAUUCAGAACUAAAACAUGCAAUUCACAUAGACGCCGUUAAAUGAAUCGAAUACUGUACCAGUGCGCUCUGUUUCAAUGUAAGGCUGUCGAAGGCGUCCUCUUGUAUUGUGUUACAAUGACAUGAAUAUGUGGUAUUAAUCUGUGUUUAACUCUGUUUCUCAGCACUGGUGGUGUUUAUUAUACGAUAUUAAAAUGCAGCACACAGAGACGAUCCUUUGAUUCGACCCUGAGACGCGUAUUUAAUGAAACGCCGGUCAGUCGCUUCAGAAUAGUUGGCUGGUCUGAAUACGAAACUAGCGGCACCUUUAAUGUUAUGCGCUGCUGUGUUUCAGUCUGCUGCGCUGAGCUAUAGGGACCGUGUGCAGCCCUCAGACAAAGUGCUGUUUUCAGUGUUAUUAUUUUAUUUUAGUAUAAAGUAGAAAUGUAUUUCAGGACAGUAUAGCUACUGGAUUGUGUAGAUAACGCUGCUAGCGGCAGCUCCCGUUGCGUGUCUCUGUGUGUGUGCGUGCGUGUGGUUUCUGUGAAUUUAUCUCGUUACUAUGAGGUUGGUUUGUUUGUGUUUUGGUUCCUUUUGAAAUAAAAGUAUCUAUUUAAAAAAAAUGUGUUUUUUUUCG